AUGAUCAUCCCAGUUCGCUGCUUUACCUGCGGGAAGAUCGUCAGCAACACAUGGGAAGCCUAUCUGGGUCUGCUGCAGGCCGAGUACACCACAGGGGAUGCCCUGGAUGCUCUGGGCCUGAAGUGCUACUGCUGUCGCUGCCCGUGGCUAGCACACAAGGACCUGAUUGAAAAGCUGCUCAACUAUGCUCCCCUGGGGAAGUGACUGCUGGAGCUUACUGUCCUCCUCUGCUUG